CGGCCAUUUGUACCAGUUUGGAGGUUUAGAUUUCGGUUUUUAAUUGACUAUGUAUCUCUCGCGGCAAUUAUUUCUAUGAUACUGGCCCGAACCAGUACUGACUCGCCUUCGACGAAAUUAUUGUGCGCACAGCAAUUCCGACAAAGACAGGAAAGCAAAAAAAGUGACUUGUACGACAGAGGUGUUUUCACCGCCAGUCACGGCCUCAUCACUUUCCACAGCAAAAAUUGCCGAGACGCAUAAUUCUGGUGGUAAUCGUAUCAGCCGCGUGCGUUUGUCCGUGGAUGACAAGUUAAGCUUAAAUAAGCGCAGAACAUCAAAUCUCCCACGACAGUGCGGGGAGCGUCGUCUCCAUUCUUCUCUCCGUAGUUAUUGGACAGGAUGCAUUCUCUUCCUUGUAUGACUUACGAUACCCCUCACAUAUUUGAGAUAAGUGUUGCAAUGGCGACUCUUUUGCGAAAUAUGAUAGGCUUUCGAAUCUCUUUCGAAUCUCCGUCUGUUCCGAAGCAUCCUGCAAUGCUCGGGGGGCUGGUAUUCUCGCGUUGUGCUCAUGCAAAUAUAAAUUGAGUGCAUCUUCCUUCGAUUGGACUUGCUUUACUUCUCUUACCAAUUGCUAUUCUGUAUUCGUAUUUCUCCGACAAAGCGGUCCUCGUUGUGCAAUCCAUUCCGUUCAAGUCAAGCCCACAAGCCAAGUCAAAUUCACUUCAGCUUCAGGUUGUUGAGACGUAUUAUUGUACUAUACACCUACUAGUAGUUGGUUGUAUGAUACUCUGACAAGGACUGAAGAACCUGGCCGAAUUUUAUUUUGUUCACUUUAUUUCGCUCCAGAAAUUAUAUCAUCCAUACAUUUACCAUCUUUUUACGCCUUGUAUUCUAUGCAGUAGGCAGUGGUGAAAAGACCCACGUUGCCUUUGUAUAUUAUAUGCUGUGAUACCUUGCUACGGCUCUUUACCUCGCGUCUUUUUUCCACAGACCUGUUCUUUUAGAACAAGUCUGUAUUUUGCAACUUCCAUGAACAGUCUCAAGGCAGAAUCUGUUCCUAGGUUACACCGCAUUCCCAAGAUGCCUCCUGCGAGAUCAAAUUACCAGAAGGCCAUGGUGGAUGAUGUCAACAUGGAUGAUUUUAAUUCAUCUUUCGAAGCUCAUGGCCUACCAGUGCCAUCCAGUGAUACUUUCAGGUUCACUGGAAAUGGAUCCAUCACACCGGCGGCCUCUGAGUUUUCUCAGACCCUCCCUGUUCUUCCACCUAUGCAGCGAUCAUCUGCUCCCUCCCAGGAAUCUGGGCUUCACAUUGUCGGGCGCCGUGUACAAGUUCUUGUUGAUGCUAUCAACGACAUCCGAGGAAUGGGUGUCGACUAUCUUGUUGAUCUACCUCAACUUGUCCUCGUUGGUGACCAGAGUGCAGGAAAGUCAAGCUUGAUGGGAGCUCUCACCGAAAUUCAUCUCCCUCAAGACUCGGGAUGCUGCACAAGAUGUCCUACCCACAUCAAGACAGGCCAUGCAGAGACAUGGAGCUGCAAGAUCUCAUUGCACCUUUCAUAUAAUUACGCGCCGCGAGAUCCCAACCGCCCAAUUCAAGCGAAUGAAGUCACCAAAAACAACCCCUUCCCGCCGUGGAAGGAGAUGCCCAUGGUGACAAAAGAGUUUGUUGUCAUCACUGAUAAGAGUGAGCUUGAGGACGCCUUGAGAUGGGCUCAAAUCGCGAUUCUGAACCCCUCCAAGUCGCACAAAUACUAUAUGCCUAGUGCCCAGAUCAAGAUGUCUCCAGGUAGGAAUAUGACAACUGAGGCUAAAUUCUCGCCAAAUGUGGUAUCGGUCGAGAUGUCUGGCCCAGGCCUUCCUCCUCUAUCCUUCUUUGAUCUUCCCGGGAUAUUUCAAAAUCCUAGCCAAAAGGAAGAUGACUACCUGGUGAAGGUUGUGGAGAAUCUCGCAAAGAAGUACAUCAAGCACCAACAGGCGCUUGUUAUCCAUGCCCUACCAAUGUCGGCGGAUCCUACGACCUCGAGAGCUGGAAAGGUCAUACGUGAUCUGAAAGCCGAAAACCGAACACUUGGUGUUCUUACCAAGGCAGAUUGUCUUCAGGUUGGCCAUUCUGACUCCCAGUUUAAGGAACUUUUGGACGGGCAUACUCAUAAGGUCGAGCAUGGGUACUAUGUUACCAAACAGAUGCAGACUUCGUCGGACUCUGGCUAUCCAAGUCGUGACGGAGGAUACCAUGCUAGAUCGAGGAAGAGUGAAGAGGACUUUUUCGACAAGCAGACUCCUUGGUCUAAAGGAUGGAACGGAUACCGCAAUCGAUGCGGAACCGAAAACCUGCAGCGCGCUCUUUCGCAGAAGUUUGCUGCUCAGAUAAUAGCAAGCAUCCCCCAGAUCGAAGAGACCGUCCGCGCACGCUCCGAGGAGAUCGAGGAAGAGCUUGCGAGGCUGCCUGAGCUGCCAACACAUAACAUAAGCCAAGUUGUGCUCCAAGAACUCGCCAGGUUCAGCCAGCAAAUGCAGGCACUCGUGGAUGGGACAGACUUUACUCUUCAUAGCGCGUGGAAUACGUUAAACAACCAACUCUACGAAGCUUUCCAUGAGCACCUACAGCCAACAUUCAAGGUCGGGGAGCCUCGGGGUUUGCCCCCUCCUCCCAACCAAAUGGAGAUCGAUGGCCUUGAGAUCAUCAGCAUAGACGGCGACAGCACUGUUCUUGACAGAGCUGGAUUUGAUUCGCCGCCUAAUGUUCGUGCUGCAGCCAAAGAGGAGCAACAGAUUAGAUCUCCGAAGAGGUUUGCGAAUGGAGCUGAGAAGUAUCCCAGUAUUCCAGCAAACCCGAAGAACCCAUUCCUAGCUUAUAGGCAGAAUAAGCUGAUAGCCAGCAUUGGUAAGAUUCGAGAAACCUUGGCAAAGUACAGCAAGCCAGGAUCUCUAGGCCACGUCGACUUCAAGGUUAAAGAUGAGCUCUGCAUGAGGGCCGUCAGAGUAUGGGAGCUCCCUAUGGAGCUGUACAUUGACCGUGUCCUUGAAAUGUUGAAGGAGCAUGCUCAAAAGAUCUUGGGUCAAGUCCUCUCGAAGUGGAGCCAGACAGAACUGUACAAGCAGGCAUUUCAGGAACUCGAAGGUUUUGUUAAUAACUUCGAGGGCAGCAUGAGAACAACGUGCCAGGAUAUCCUGAAUGUUGAGUUUUACAGGUUCUUUACAAUCAACAGGAGAUCAUUUGAUCACUACGUGGAAGUGGAGUCGAAGAAGAUCAAGGAUGUUCGCAGGAAGCAACGCGCUAUGGCCCUGGCGGAGCAGAUGAUGGUUGGCGUCAAUAUUAGAGGAGACCAGAAUCAAAGAAUGCAAAUGCUUCAGCAUAAAUUGAAGGGCAUCAAGGACGAGGACCUGGGCGAAGACCCGUUCAAGAUCGAGAUUGAGGUUGCCGCCUUCGUUAGAGGCUACUAUCUCACGGCCGCAGACCGCGUCUGCGAUCAAAUUUGUCUCACCAUACACAGCGAUCUCUUCAAGCAGGUUCAUGAAAACAUCUUUCUCUACUUGGAAGGCAAACUCGGUCUGUACGAGGGAAAUACCGAAGAGCGUUGCCGCGAGCUUAUGGAGGAGGACCCCCACAGCGCACGACGCCGCCGCAGCCUUCAACAGGAGAAGGCGAAGCUCCAGGAGCUCACGGCUCGUCUGGUGAAACUCGCUGAGGACGACAGAAGCGCUUCGGUCUUCGAGGAGCGCAUGGAGACCCCAGAAGCCACCAUGAGCAUGUGAUGUUAUUGACGAUACUGUUGAUUCGCUGCCUCGAGUUGUUUUUUUCUUACUUCUUUCUUUCUGUUUGCCAACAUCUUCGGCGCACACACGGUAAAAGCAGUGGUUCGGCGUUCGCCUGGUCUUGUUACAGGAAAGCCAACAAUAAUUGUGCAACAGUACGGCCAGGCCGGCUUGUCUGAAAAAAACCGCGGCGGCGUAUGGGUUUCAGAAUAGGCGUACAUGCACCCAGACUAGUUAACCUGUCAUAAUAAAUG